AUGCCGAGAAGGGAUCUGGAAAAGCCUGAGGAUCGUGUUGAAAUCCUGGGUACUCAGAUUUCUUCUAACAAAGUGCCAGUUGUGCAGCACCCACACCAUGUACACCCUCUUACGCCGCUUAUCACAUACAGCAAUGAGCACUUCACACCGGGAAACCCUCCUCCACACUUACCAGCCGACGUAGAUCCCAAAACAGGAAUUCCAAGGCCUCCACAUCCUCCAGAUAUAUCUCCUUAUUAUCCGUUAUCACCGGGCACUGUAGGACAAAUCCCCCAUCCGCUAGGAUGGUUAGUACCACAGCAAGGUCAGCCAGUGUACCCAAUCACGACAGGGGGUUUCCGCCACCCUUAUCCAACAGCUCUGACCGUCAAUGCUUCCAUGUCAAGGUUUCCUCCACACAUGGUCCCGCCACACCAUAGUUUACAUACAACUGGAAUCCCUCAUCCGGCCAUAGUCACACCAACAGUCAAACAGGAAUCUUCCCAGAGUGACGUCGGCUCACUCCACAGCUCAAAACAUCAGGACUCCAAAAAAGAAGAAGAGAAAAAGAAGCCACACAUAAAGAAACCUCUUAAUGCAUUUAUGUUGUAUAUGAAGGAAAUGAGAGCAAAAGUUGUAGCAGAAUGCACAUUGAAAGAGAGCGCAGCCAUCAACCAGAUCCUCGGCCGAAGGUGGCACGCAUUAUCCAGAGAAGAACAAGCGAAAUACUAUGAACUAGCAAGAAAGGAACGACAGCUUCAUAUGCAGCUGUACCCGGGCUGGUCCGCACGGGAUAACUAUGGAAAGAAGAAGAAGAGGAAAAGGGAUAAGCAACCAGGAGAGACCAACGAACACAGCGAAUGUUUCCUAAAUCCUUGCCUUUCACUUCCUCCGAUUACAGACCUGAGCGCUCCUAAGAAAUGCCGAGCGCGCUUUGGCCUUGAUCAACAGAAUAACUGGUGCGGCCCCUGCAGAUGCAAAUACUCCAAAGAAGUGUCGGGCAUUGUUCGGGCUUGA